UCUAAAAUCUUUAAACCAGCUUGUCUGCUACCAAGAAUAUUAAUUUUACUAUUAUGUAUCAAUAAAAAAAAAAAAAAGCUAAUAAUAAUAAUAAUAAUAAUAAUAAUAACUAGAUUUGUAAAGUUCGUCGCGACAAACAUUGAUGUUGGCUUUGACGAGGCAGGUAUUCGCAAAGGCCGGUGCUUUUUGGAGGCGAGUGGACAUAAGGGUCAGUGUUACGUUUGGAGGCAAGUGGACAGAAAGAUAGGGUGCCAAAACAUUUGGAGGCAAGUGGAGACGAGCAUGUGACGUCAUCCGAAUACUCCUGAGGAAGUUCCCCUCAUUGUUCUGAGUGUUUUGAUAUGUCACAUGUCCAUGUUGUAAAAAGUUUUUUGAUUUUGCAUAUUUUGGGGGCGGAGCUGCGGCACAACCGAAAGGCCAGUCGGUACACCAAUGUAAAACUUUGUUCAGAGUAUCACCCUAAAGGAGCUGGCCGAGUUUGGUGUAGAUAGUUUGAAAGCUUGCCGAGUUAUAAACCUCCAAAAUUUAUAAUGGGAGUCUAUGGGGAAAAAAGGCCACUUUGAGACCCGGUACCGGAAGUACCGGAACUCAGAUCGCUUAGAAAAGUAAGAGCAACAAACUUCAGUCCAGUGUCUACAACAUAUCCGAAUUUGGUGCAUGUGGCUCGAAAGCCCUAGGCCGCAUUAAAUUUUAUAUAUUUUUGUCUAAGCUUAAAUAGGAAAACAGAAUGUUGGCUUCUACAAAGCGACAUAAUAACUGUAGAAAAGGCCACUACAUAGUAAAUGUCCAAUUUGGAUGUAAACAUAAGCUGCACAGCUCCAGGUUCCUCGGUUGGUCCCAGAGUUUGAGAUACUGUAUAUAUUGAUGUUUAUUCUGAAUAUGGCCCGAUGUCAUUCAGAAGUUUCAGUAGGUGGUCACAUUUAUAAAUUGUUUAACCUGCCACACUCAUCAUCAGCCUAAAUGAAGAAUACAUUCUGAACCAAAAGCUUCCUGAACUGGUAUUGAGUUGAGGACAAGAACAAGGUUGAUGGAAAAAAAAGUUGUGAAAUCUUUGCUGUGUUUUCUUCUGUAUGAAGAGUUAUGUGAUAAAAUAAAAUAUCGUAUGUUAUGUUUGUGUUGUUCAGUAUUUCCCAGGUUAUGAGUUCUGUCUCUCCACUAUCCUAGCUGUGUCUCUAUAAAGACUGUCAUGGAUCCUCCUCUAAUAUUAACAGAGGGAGAUUCCUCAUCUGGACACAGUGUAAAACAGGUAAAGAAACCAGACUCAUCAUUACCCAGUUGUGUCUCCAUGAAGAGUGAUCAGUCUAUGGAUGUUCCUCUUGUAUUCAAAGAUGGAGAGCUGUCACCUGGACACAGUGUCCUGCAGAUGGGUGGGAACAGAAAGGAUGAGAAGAUCGUCACAGAUCCAGGAUGUGAACCUUCAUAUGCUGGAACAGAUGUUCAGGAAAAAUGCAAAUUAAAACUGAAAAAGAAAUUUCAGCACAUGAACGAGGUGAUAACAGACCAGGGAAACCCAACACUUCUCAAUCAGAUCUACACAGAGCUCUACAUCACAGAAGGAGACAGUGGAAAAGUCAAUAAUGAACAUGAGGUGAGACAGAUCGAGGCAGCAUCCAGAAGAGCAGCAACAGAGGAAACACCAAUCAAAUGUAGUGACAUCUUUAAGCCUUUACCUGAAGAAGACAAACCCAUCAGGAGCGUUCUGACAAAGGGAGUCGCUGGCAUUGGAAAAACAGUCUCUGUGCAGAAAUUCAUUCUAGACUGGGCUGAAGGGAAAACAAAUCAGGAUGUUCAUCUCAUAUUUCCACUUCCUUUCAGAGAGCUCAAUCUGAUGAAGGAUCAAACACUGAGUCUGAUGGAGCUUCUUCAUUUAAAAGAAACAAACAUUUCCAGCCUGCACAAAGUUCUGUUUAUUUUUGAUGGUUUGGAUGAGUGUCGUUUCCCUCUGGAUUUCCAGAACACAUUGAGAGUGUGUGAUGUAACUGAACCAGCAUCAGUGGAUGUGCUGCUGAUAAACCUGAUCAAAGGGAAUCUACUUCCCUCUGCUCUCAUCUGGAUCACCUCCAGACCUGCAGCAGGUGAUCAAAUCCCCUCUGAGUGGUUUAAUCGUGUCACAGAGGUACGAGGGUUCAAUGACCCACAGAAGGAGGAAUAUUUCAGGAAGAGGAUCAGAGAUCAGAGCCUGAGCAACAGAAUCAUCAGACACCUGAAGUCAUUAAGAAGCCUCUACAUCGUGUGCCACAUCCCAGUCUUCUGCUGGAUUUCAGCCACUGUUCUAGAGAGACUGUUGGGUGAAGCAGAGAAUGGAGAGAUCCCCAAAACUCUGACUCAAAUGUACACACACUUCCUCAUUCAGACAAACAUCAUCAAGAAAAAGUACACAGAGAGCAGAGAGACAGAUAACGAAAUGGUCCUGAAACUGGGUAAACUGGCUUUUCAGCAGCUGAUGAAAGGCAACCUGAUCUUCUAUGAGGAAGACCUGAGGGAGUGUGACAUCGAUGAGACAGAAGCAUCAGUGUAUUCAGGUGUGUGUACACAGAUCUUCAGAGAGGAGUUUGGGCUUCACCAGAGUAAAGUGUACUGCUUUGUUCAUCUGAGCAUUCAGGAGCACCUCGCAGCUCUGUAUGUGCACCUGACAUGCAUUAAUGAAAAGAAAAAUGUUCUUCAGUGUAAUUUAGCAUUAUAUAAUCAACAGAGUCUGUUGUCUAAGAUUUGGGCACUGUUUCAAAAAACUCCAAUCUCAGAUGUACACAAGAGUGCAGUAGAUCAGGCUUUACAGAGUAAAAAUGGACAUCUGGAUCUUUUCCUUCGCUUUCUUCUUGGUCUCUCACUGGAGUCCAAUCAGAUCCUCUUACAAACUCAAAAUAUAGUGACAAAGACAAAAAGUAUCUCCCACAGUAAGCAGGAAACAGUUCAUUUCAUCAAGGAGAAGAUCAGAGAGAAUCCCUCCACAGAGAAAUCCAUCAAUCUGUUCCACUGUCUAAAUGAACUGGAAGAUCAUUCUCUAGUUGAGGAAAUCCAACACUACAUACAGUCUGGAAAUUUACAACAUACUGAACUUUCUCCUUCUCAGUGGUCAGCUGCGGUGUUUGUGUUACUGACAUCAGUGCAGGAACAGGAUGUGUUUGUCCUGAAUAAAUAUAUUAACAAACACCAUACAUCAGAUGAGGUUCUUCUGAAGCUCCUGCCUGUGGUUGCAGCCUCCAGAAAAGCUGAGUUGAAUAAUUGUGGUCUAAAUGAUAAAAGUUGUGCAGUUUUGGCCUCAGUGCUCAGCUCUGAAUCCUCUAAUCUGAGGGAACUCGAUCUGUCUGGGAAUAAACUCAGAGACUCAGGAGUGAAGAGUCUCUCUGCUGUACUGGAGAAUCCUCACUGUAAACUGGAGACACUGAGGUUGUGUUAUUGUGAAAUCUCAGAUGAAGGCUGUGCUGCUCUGAGUUCAGCUCUUAGAUCAAACCCCUCACACCUGAGGGAACUGGAUCUGUCUUGGAAUAACCUCAGAGACUCAGGAGUGAAGAGUAUCUCUGCUGUACUGGAGAAUCCUCACUGUAACCUGGAGACACUGAGAUUAUGUGGUUCUGGUGUCUCAGAUGAAGGCUGUGCUGCUCUGAGUUCAGCUCUGAGAUCAAACCCCUCACACCUGAGAGAACUGGAUCUGUCUUGGAAUAAACUCAGUGACUCAGGAGUGAAGAGUCUCUCUGCUGUACUGGAGAAUCCUCACUGUAAACUGGAGACACUGAGGUUGUGUGAUUGUGAAAUCUCAGAUGAAGGCUGUGCUGCUCUGAGUUCAGCUCUGAGACCAAACCCCUCACACCUGAGAGAACUGGAUCUGUCUAGGAAUAAAUUCAGUGAUUCAGGAGUGAAGAGUCUCUCUGCUGUACUAGAGAAUCCUCACUGUAACCUGGAGACACUGAGGUUGUUUGAUUGUGAAAUCUCAGAUGAAGGCUGUGCUGCUCUGACUUCAGCUCUGAGGUCAAACCCCUCACACCUGAGAGAACUGGAUCUGUCUAGGAAUAAACUCAGUGACUCAGGAGUGAAGAGUCUCUCUGCUGUACUGGAGAAUCCUCACUGUAAACUGGAGACACUGAGGUUGUUUGAUUGUGAAAUCUCAGAUGAAGGCUGUGCUGCUCUGAGUUCAGCUCUGAGAUCAAACCCCUCACACCUGAGAGAACUGGAUCUGUCUUGGAAUAAACUCAGUGACUCAGGAGUGAAGAGUCUCUCUGCUGUACUGGAGAAUCCUCACUGUAAACUGGAGACACUGAGGUUGUGUUAUUGUGAAAUCUCAGAUGAAGGCUGUGCUGCUCUGAGUUCAGCUCUGAGAUCAAACCCCUCACACCUGAGAGAACUGAAUCUUUCUAGGAAUAACCUCAGAGACUCAGGAGUGAAGAGUCUCUCUGCUGUACUGGAGAAUCCUCACUGUAAACUGGAGACACUGAGGUUGUGUUAUUGUGAAAUCUCAGAUGAAGGCUGUGCUGCUCUGAGUUCAGCUCUGAGAUCAAACCCCUCACACCUGAGAGAACUGGAUCUGUCUGAGAAUAAACUCAGUGACUCAGGAGUGAAGAGUCUUUCUGCUGUACUGGAGAAUCCUCACUGUAAACUGGAGACACUGAGGUUGUCUUAUUGUGAAAUCUCAGAUGAAGGCUGUGCUGCUCUGAGUUCAGCUCUGAGAUCAAACCCCUCACACCUGAGAGAACUGGAUCUGACUGGGAAUAAACUCAGAGACUCAGGAGUGAAGAGUCUCUCUGCUGUACUGGAGAAUCCUCACUGUAAACUGGAGACAUUGGGGUUGAAUAAUUGUGGUCUAAUUGAGGAAAGUUGUGCAGUUUUGGCCUCAGUGUUCAUCUCUGAAUCCUCCAAUCUGAGGGAACUGGAUCUGUCUGUAAAUAAACUCAGUGACUCAGGAGUGAAGAGUCUCUCUGCUGUACUGAAGAAUCCUCACUGUAAACUGAAGACACUGAGGUUGUGUGGUUGUGAAAUCUCAGUUAAAGGUUGUGCUGUUCUGAGUUCAGCUCUGAGAUCAAACCCCUCACACCUGAGAGAACUGGAUCUGACUGGGAAUAAACUCAGAGACUCAGGAGUGAAGAGUCUCUCUGCUGUACUGGAGAAUCCUCACUGUAAACUGGAGACACUGAGAUUAUGUGAUUCUGGUGUCUCAGAUGAAGGCUGUGCUGCUCUGACUUCAGCUCUCGGAUCAAACCCCUCACACCUGAGAGAACUGAAUCUGUCUGUGAAUAAACUCAGAGACUCAGGAGUGAAGAGUCUCUCAGCUGUACUGAAGAAUCCUCACUGUAAACUGGAAACACUGAGGCUGUGUUAUUGUGAAAUAUCAGAUGAAGGCUGUGCUGCUCUGACUUCAGCUCUGAGAUCAAACCCCUCACACCUGAGAGAAUUGGAUCUGUCUGGGAAUAAACUCAGAGACUCAGGAGUAAAGAGUCUCACUGCUGUACUGGAGAAUCCUCACUGUAAACUGAAGACACUGAGGUUGUGUUAUUGUGAAAUCUCAGAUGAAGGCUGUGCUGCUCUGAGUUCAGCUCUGAGAUCAAACCCCUCACACCUGAGAGAACUGGAUCUGACUGGGAAUAAACUCAGAAACUCAGAAGUGAUUCAGCACUUAAGUCAUAAACUACAGAACUUAAGGUUGUGAAGAUGUUUUAUCUGAACCAGUCUGGCUGUUUUCCUCUGAUCUCAUCAACAAGGAAUUUCCACCCACAGAGUUGUGGCUCACUCAGUGUGUGUUUUAUUUUAAACUCCAUUCUGUGUAAAAUAUACAGACUGUUGUGUGUAAAAAUCACAGCACAUCUGGAGGCAAAAACCAUGACACGGUUAAAGUCACAGAGAUCGGACAUUUUCUUUAUUCUGAUGUCUGAUGUGAACAUUAAUGAUGUGAAGAUCUUACCCUGUAUCUGUAUGAUUUUAUAUAUUGUGUUGCUACCAUAUUUUACAACACAUGAUAUUUUGUGCCUAUACUCUAUUGCGUGUUCUUCAUGUGAUGUUUUUAGUGCAGAUCUGAUUCCUAACCAGAGUUUCUAGGCUGCCCUAUUCUGCGGUGAUCCAGCCUGCAAUAUUAUGACAUCACGAUUGAUGCCCCAAUUUAAGGAAGAAGAGGGGAAGCAAGGAGGAGUGUGGUAGAUGUGGUUUACUGGUUUAGUUGUACUUGUGAUUAUAAUAGAGUUCUCUGUUCUGUGUUUUGAUUCGUGCCUGUUUUCCUUGAACUUUAAGCUUGGUUUUCUUUUUUGUACUGUACAUAUUAUUCACCCAACAUAUAGUAGAGGAAUAUGUUUAGAACACUAAAUCAAUAACAUUAAUAUAUUAUAUAUAUAUAUUAGUGAUGCGCGGGUCGUCUCAUAACCCGUGGGUGCCGUGGGUUAUGGCGGGUUGGGGCGGGUCAUUAAAAGCAAAAAAACAUGUUGGAGUAUUUUGGAAUGUAUAUUUUUAUAUUUUAUGUGAUUCUUUAUGUGAUAUAUGUAAAUAAU